AUGGUUGGUACAAAUGAACUUCGAGCUGAGAAUCUCUUCUCUAUGAAGAAUGAUGUUUGCGUCAUCACUGGAGGUGGAACUGGGAUUGGAUUAAUGGCAGCCCAAACAUUAGCUGCAAAUGGAGCAAAAGUAUACAUCACAGGUCGUCGAAUGGAAGCUCUAGAAAAUGCAGCCAAGCAACACUCUCCCACAUCAGGAGGUUCUAUUAUCCCAAUUGGUCCCUGUGACGUGACCAGCAAAAAGGAUCUCGAGAACCUCGUUUCCGAAAUCAGCAAGAAGGAGAAAUACAUCAGUCUACUCCUCGCGGGCGCGGGGAUCUCCGGGCCCAAAGCCGAGCCCAAUUCCUCCGACGCCGUCGAGCUGAAAGAUAAACUGUUCAAUUCGGAAAGUUUCGAGGAGUGGGGUACGACCUUCAACACUAACGUCUCGGCGGUGUAUUUCACCACGGUCUGUUUUCUCCCGCUGCUACAGGCGGCUCAUAAGGUUCAUGGACGCAUGUCCAGCUCUGUGAUUGUGAUUAGCAGCAUGAGUGGAAUUAUGCGACAUGCGCAGGGACAUUUCUCGUAUAAUGCGGCCAAGGGCGCGACGGUGCAUCUGAGUAAGUUGAUGAGUUAUGAGUUUAAGGAAAUUGGCGUUAGGGUGAAUAGUAUCGCGCCGGGAUAUUUCCCGAGUGAGAUGACGACGGGGGAGAGUGAUGAGACGCAGAAGAGUUAUUUGGAUGAGGAGAAGGUUCAGCAGAAGGGUCAUGUGCCUAUGCAGAGGGGUGGAAGUGACGAGGAAAUGGCAAUGGCUGUGUUAUUUUUAUCAAAGAAUAAUUAUGUUAAUGGAGAGAUUAUUGCAGUUGACGGUGGUGUUCUUUUGGAUGUUCCAGGAAGGUAA